AUGUGGGAUGAGCGUUACGGGAAGGAAGAAGAGUUUGCCUAUGGAACCGAACCGAACGACUUUUUAAAAGAGACCAUCACAUCGGCAGGCAGCAGCAAUGACAAAAAGAAGAAGUGUCUCUUGUUGGCAGAUGGUGAAGGGCGCAAUGGUGUGUUCAUGGCAGAGCAAGGCUUCAACGUGGUAUCGGUGGAUUUCUCAGAAACUGGCUUGAAAAAAGCACAAGCAUUGGCCAAAUCACGCGGAGUGACGAUUGAAACGGUGGUGGCCGACUUGGCUUCCUAUGAUUUGGGCACGGAGCAAUGGGAUUGCAUUGUGGGCAUCUUUUGUCAUUUGCCACCACCCGUUCGUGCCAAGGUACUGGAGGGCAUUCCGGAUUCUCUCAAGGAGGGAGGCCAAUUUCUUUUGGAAUGUUACACUCCGGAUCAACUCCAGUACAAAACAGGAGGUCCACCCACGGCCGAUUUCAUGUUCUCCAAGCAACUGUUGGACGAGGCUUUAGGCACCAAGUUGCAAGUGAUUCGCAAUGAAGAGGUGGUUCGCACUGUGACAGAAGGCAAGCUCCAUACAGGAAAAGCUGCUGUGGUGCAGUUCAUCGGAAAGAAAUAG